UACCCAGUCGAGAGCUGCGAGAAGCCUCCAAAAGUCUAUUCGACCAGCCGAGCAGACCCGGUAGAGCUAGAACCACAAAACGGCACAAGAAGUGAAGGCAAAGAUAGGAAACUUGAGAGUCGGACAGCCAAAAAGGCUUGGAAAUGCUUGAGUCGAGGUCCCAAGUCGCACCCCACGUGGGGUCCCCAGCCGACGACCCCGCAUGGUGGCGUUUUCUGGGUCAAGAUGGAGAUGAACUAUGAUGAUGCAGAGUUGCAUCAAAUCGAGGCCGAGAUUGGCAAGGAGAUCUUGCCCGGCACAGAGGUACAUUCACCUCUUUCCCUUGUAUAUCGAAAAGACCUUUUGCUGACAAGGGAACCUAUCAGANUCAUGACCGAUGUCGGUAGUCACCAUUUCGUCAAGGGCCACAACGGUGUACUCGUCCCCCAACCCUCAGACGACCCCCACGACCCCUUAAACUGGUCCACGAAAUGGAAGUUCCUCGCCAUCACCUCAAGCAGUCUUGUGUCCUUCUCCCAAGGCUUUGGUCCCUUGGCGCUGGCACCUGCGUUUGGCUACUACAUCAAGGAAUUCGAUUGCUCUUUGGCAGAUGCUGUGCAGUUUACCGGUGUCUCGAUUCUUAUUCUCGGCUUCAGCAACUUUGUGUGGGUGCCGUUGAGUUCGAGUUUUGGACGCAGAGUGGUGUAUAUUGCUAGUCAGUUGAUCUGUUUGGCAAGUAUGAUUUGGAGGGCUAGAGCGCAGACGUAUGGGUCUUUUAUGGGUGCUUGUGUGCUGAAUGGGCUUGGUGCUGGCCCGGCUGAGUCCAUCCAACCUGCCGUGAUUGCGGAUGUCUUCUUCCUGCACAACCGUGGCUUCCAGAAUACUGUCUAUUGGACUGCGUACAUGGGAAGUUUGAUGGUCGGGCCCAUCAUCUCUGGAGUCAUGUCUGACCGUCUGGGCUGGAGAUCUUUCUGGUGGCUCAAUGUCGGUCUUGUCGCCGUCUCGCUGCUCAUGGUCAUCUUCUGUUUCCCAGAGACCAAGUACCAUCGCCCUCAUCCUCAUGAGAUCGCCGCUGAGGUACCUCGCAAGUACGACGACAGCAAGUCCACCCUUCCCGUCCCUGACAAACUCAACUCCGGCCACGUCGAAGACAUUGAAAUUCAACACCUCGACUCUUCCUCGCCUUCAGGUAUGCCCAACCUCUCCGCAACAAAAACCGCAGAUCGCGACCCUUUCCUCGGAAAAGGCUAUCCUUCAAAAGCGCAAUGGAAGCUCUGGCAACCCAACCCUCACCCCUUCAAGAGCAUGGCCCUCGAUCUCUGGCUCCCCUGGAAACUAUUUACCUUCCCCAUUGUCGAAUUUGCUGCUUUUGUGUGCAGUUGGUCUUGCAGCAGUUUCUUGACGUUGAAUUUGACGCAAGCGCAAGCCUUUGCCGCUCCACCUUACAACUUUUCCUCUGAGGAUAUUGGCUUUUUCAAUUUUGCGAUCCUCAUCGGUGCGAUCAUUGGUCUGGCUACUUCUGGAAAACUCAGUGAUUGGCUGCCAGAGCAACCAAGCGAAAUGGAGGCAUCCGUGAGCNCCGAAAUGCGUCUCAUCGCCAUGAUCCCCUACGUCAUUGUCAUGUACAUUGGCAACAUCGUUGCCGCCAUCGGCAUGCAACGCAAAUGGCCCUGGCAAGUCAUUGUCGUAAUCGCCUUUGGCGCUGCCGGCAUGCAAGUUGCCUCUAUCCCCUCCAUUGUCUCUACCUAUGCCGUCGACUCCUAUAAACCCGUCGCGGGACCCCUUUUCGUGGCCAUCACCGUGAACAAAAAUGUCUGGGGCUAUGGGUUUAGUAAGUUUAUCACGCCGUGGGUGGAAAAGAGUGGUUUUAUUCCGCCUAUUAUGACGAAUGGAAGUUUGGUGCUUUUGUGGUGUUUGUUUGGUAUUUUGUUUUAUUACAAGGGCAAGACGUUUAGGAGAUGGUCUCGCAACUCUUCUGUGCACAAGAUG